AUGUCUGUGUCUAAAAUUGCUGGUCUCGUCCUCGCCUCGGCCUCCAUGGUCGCUGGCCACGGCUACGUUUCUGGUGCUGUUGUUGACGGCACCUACUACACUGGUUUCCUCGUUGACACCUACAACUACAUGAGCAGUGUUCCCGAGAACAUUGGAUGGGCAGAGAAAGCCACCGACAACGGCUUCGUCGACGGCUCCUCCUACUCCAGCUCUGACAUUAUCUGUCACAAGGAUGCCACUCCCGGUGCCAUCUCCGCCGAGGUCAAGGCUGGUGGCUCCGUUGAGCUCCAGUGGACUGACUGGCCCGAGAGCCACCACGGUCCCGUCAUCACCUACCUGGCUAACUGUAACGGUGACUGCUCCUCCGUCGACAAGACCACUCUGGAGUUCUUCAAGAUCGACGAGGGUGGCCUGAUUGACGACAGCUCUGUCCCCGGCAAGUGGGCUUCCGACCAGCUCAUCGCCGCCAAUAACAGCCGCACUGUCACUAUCCCCAGUGCCAUCGCUUCCGGCAACUACGUCCUCCGUCACGAGAUCAUCGGCCUGCACUCCGCCGGCAAUUCCAACGGCGCCCAGAACUACCCCCAGUGUCUCAACGUGAAGGUCACCGGCGGUGGCAGCGAUAAGCCCAGCGGUACUCUCGGUACCGCUCUGUACAAGAACACCGACCCCGGCAUUCUGGUCAACAUCUACACCUCAAUGAGCUCCUACACCAUCCCCGGUCCUGCUCUGUACACUGGCGCCUCCUCCGGCUCCGGCUCCGGCGCCGCUACCACUGCCGCUGCUACCACUGCCGCUGCCACUACCGCCGCGACCUCUAGCGUGAGUGCCAUCCCCAUCGCGAGCUCUUCGUUCUCGCACCCAGCCUACAGCCGCACCAAGCGUCCCUCCCACAGCGCCACUCCUUCCAUUCCCUCCAUCUCCAAGCCCAGUGCGACUGAGGCCGCUCCCUUCGGCGCUCCCUCCGAUGCCACUGUGACCGAUUAUGCUACUGCUCAGGUUACUGACCAGCCUGCAAUCCAGACCGUCAGCGCCGCCACUGUUACCGCCCCUGGCCAGUCUGUCCAGAGCGCCGCCCCCGCCGCUGAUAACGAGUCCUCCGCCGAGGCUACCGCCACCACCGCUGCCGCUGUGCCUGUCCCCACCUCCAGCACCAGCUCCUCGGGCUCCAGCUCCUCGGGAUCCAGCUCCACCACCACCUCCACCUCGGACUACUCUUCCUACCUCAGCUCCCUGAGCGCCGACCAGCUCGUCAGCGUCAUCCGCUCUACCCUGAAGUGGCUUGUCUCUGACAAGAAGGUGCACGCCCGUGACCUGUCUAUCUAA